CCUCACCAUGGAGAUGGUGCGGUAUCGUCUGAUUGGACCUCUAUCACAUUCCGUUCUGACUGAAACCCUGGCCCCUGCCACACACUGUGAUGCUCCAGGUAAAUCCAGACCAUCCCCCUUCUGGUGGCCAGAUCACUGCAGAGACGACUGUAACAUGUCUCUUCUUCAACAACAAGCUGGUGUCUUCAACAUGCUCAGAGGUGUGUACUCCACAGCGGAGGUCCCAGCCGGCUCAGUUCUGGGUCUGACGGUGGAUGACCCCAGAUUGACCUUACCAAACAAGAGAAGCAAGGCCGUGUCCGACAUCAGGAAGGCACAAGGAGUGAAAGAGGAGAGGAGGAGGGAACUGAUGUUGAAGGGGAUCCCUGAACCCCUCAGCCAGAGUUCCCUGUGGGACCGGUCUGUCCGCGACAACGUCACACACAACAAGAUGACAGACCGAUUUUACUGA